CCCCAUUAAUGACUCGUUUCGAAAAGUGGUAACUUUCUCUUCAGCCACUUCCCAAUUACCUACCCUCAUUCAUUCAUUUUUUAUCAUCUAUUCACAUUUCACACCCACCUUCCUCCUCCUCCUCCUCUCUCCCAGAUUUGGAACCAUUCAAUUUGCAAUUCCAUCUAUCUUCAUUCUUCUCCUCCUUAUAUAUUCCACUCAACUGGGUACCCUCUCCCCUUAUUCCUCUCUUCUCUUCUCUUCUCUUCGAGGGUACCCCUCUCCACAGAUCCGAUCCACACCCUCCAUUAAACCAUUGAUUAUUGAUAAUAACAUUUGGGUUUCUCUUUUAAGUUGUUGCAUUUUUCAACAUGUUGUUAGCUCACUGCUGAACCCCUUUUCUUUCUUUCUUUGCCCCCUUUUGUCCAAAUCUCAAAACAAAAACAAAAAAAAUGAUGAUAAACAAAACGCUUUUUCUCACUUAUGUCUACUUGUUCAUCUACAUCCUGCUUUCUUCCGGCGUCAUUUUGUACAACAAGUGGGUUCUGUCGCCGAAAUACUUCAACUUUCCCCUUCCCAUAACGCUCACGAUGAUUCACAUGGCCUUUUCUGGGGCAGUCGCGUUUUUCCUUGUUCGGGUCUUUAAGAUUGUGACUCCUGUCAAAAUGACAUUUGAAAUAUAUGCAACUUGUGUGGUACCAAUAAGUGCUUUCUUUGCAUCUAGUCUUUGGUUUGGUAACACGGCCUACUUGCACAUCUCUGUGGCUUUUAUCCAGAUGCUCAAAGCUCUGAUGCCGGUGGCAACUUUCAUUAUGGCUGUUUUCUGCGGUACUGACAAAGCAAGGUGUGAUGUGUUCUUGAACAUGUUGCUGGUCAGUGUUGGGGUUGUCAUCUCCUCAUAUGGGGAAAUUCAUUUUAAUAUAGUUGGUACAGUUUACCAGGUCACAGGCAUAUUUGCAGAAGCUUUAAGACUGGUCUUAACGCAAGUUCUUCUGCAGAAAAAGGGGUUGACUCUAAAUCCUAUUACAAGCUUAUAUUACAUAGCUCCAUGCAGUUUUGUGUUUCUCUUUGUGCCUUGGUACCUACUGGAGAAGCCUGUAAUGGAAGUUUCGCAGAUUCAGUUUAAUUUUUGGAUCUUCUUGUCCAACGCUAUAUGUGCUCUAGCCUUAAAUUUCUCCAUUUUCUUAGUCAUUGGUAGAACCGGUGCUGUAACCAUCCGGGUCGCCGGUGUGCUUAAAGACUGGAUAUUGAUAGCUCUUUCAACUGUUAUAUUCCCAGAAUCUACAAUAACCGGGUUGAAUAUAAUUGGCUAUGCUAUUGCAUUGUGUGGAGUUGUGAUGUACAAUUACAUAAAGGUUAAGGAUGUCCGUGCCUCUCAAUUGCCUGUUGAAAGUAUACCGGAUAGGAUCACGAAGGACUGGAAAUUCGAGAAGAAGUCAUCGGAUAUUUAUGUGCCAGAUAACAUUGGUGACGAUGAGGGAAGCAGUGGAGCUAAUGGUACUGCUUCUGAUAUGAAAAUUGAUGAAGAAACGCCACUAAUUUCAUCAUCAAGGUUAUCUCAUAUUGGACGAACGCAGUUAACCAACCAAUAUGCAACAGGAAAGUGAAAACCCAAAUACAAGAUUAUUUUUAGAGUACCCUUUUGGAGAAAGAACUGGGAAGGGGAAGCUGAGUCAAAUGCACCCCUAUUUCCUCAUUCUUUUUAGGCCAUAGGUUUUAUAAUGAAAUCAUAUGCUUGCUCUUUGUAAUUGCCUGUGUAGAAUGCAUCAUUUCUGCGUUACCACUGUGAAACAUGGUUUUUGACAGUAGAUGAGGGGACAAAUUGGUCUCUUGUAUAACCAGGUCUGCUGGUUGGGAGGCCCAGUUAUUUAAUUAUUUCUUAAGUUACUGAAUCCAACAUUUAAAUCUAAUUAGUUUUAAUUUUUAUGCUUCAAUCUAAAUUUUAACUUCAUGAUAUAAUGAAA